GCAGCCGCAGCAGAAGUCAAACAACUUCAGAUACUGUUGCAUAAAUUGUCUCCUUCAAAAUAUUACAUCUUUCAGCCAUAAACAGACGCUGAAUGCACUCGUCACAACAUGAUUUCAGCAGCUCUCGCGAAAAAGGUUGUUUGUAGCAUUUACCGGGCAUCACUGUGGCCAGCUGUUGGCACAGUGAUAUCUCGGGGUUACCGUGGCGAUGCCCAAGAACCAACCCUGAUCGAGAUCCCCCUCCCUCCGUGGGAGGAGAGGACAGGCGAGUCCAUGGCGAUCAAGAGAAAAAGACUUGUGUACGAGAGCCGCAAGAGAGGCAUGCUGGAGAACUGCAUCCUUCUGAGUCUUUUUGCAAAGCAGUACCUGAACACAAUGAGUGAAGCUCAGCUGAGACAGUACGACAGACUCAUCAAUGAACCGAGCAAUGACUGGGACAUCUACUACUGGGCCACAGAGGCGGUGCCGACACCUGAUGUUUAUGAGGGCGAAGUGAUGGACAUGCUCAAAGAGUUCACCAAGAACAGGAACAUGGAACAGCGUCUGGAUGCACCGAAUCUGGAAUACCUGGACAAGAGCAGUUAAACUUCACCUGUCCAUCAGAGACUCUCAUGAGCUCAUCUCGUGUCUUGUUUAAACCACUUUAAACAUGUUUCUGCCAUUAGAUGGACAGGCUUGAUAUGGCUAUAAAAUAAUGCACAUGUAUAUUUAUGUUAUUUACAUUAAAAUAAACUGUUGAAGUAUUAGGGCUAUACAAAUAAAUCGGUUAUCAUUCAAAUGAGUGAACAAUUUAUCAUAAAUACCACAAAAUGCAUAUGGAGAACUCCUACUAUCAAGUCGAUUCAGAAGUUUUCAGAAAGCAUUAUUUUUUUCUAAGGAUUACUCUUUUGUUACAUUAUUUGAUGUAUAUCUGGAAAAGUUGUAUAAAAAUAUCAUGAGCUAGCGGGUAAAAAACAUGUUGUUUUGAUACUUUUGAUAAAGUAACAUAAAGCUGGUAUUUUUAUUAUCAUUGUGUAUAAAUCGAAAACUUUCUCAUAAUUGUGGCUUUUUAUGAGAUGCUACUGGUAAGUCAAAAAUUAAGUUAAAUUAUGAUAUUUAAAUCACUUUUAUUAAAAUGCCUUAGAUAAAAACAUAACCGGUGUGCAUCUUAAGACAAAACUAUGGCACUCACAUAUUUUAAGAAUAUGUUUUCAGUUAAACUUCCCAAACUUUCACUUAGUCUGGGACUAGUCUUAAGCCUUGUCUGUGAAACCGGUCAAGUAUGUCAUAAUGAGAAACUUUCCCAUAGUUUUUACUUAAACGGAUACUUAACCCAAAAAUUACAAUUCUGUCAUCAUUUACUCACUGUCAUGUUGUUCCAAAUCUUCCAAAAAGAUGUUUGGAAGAAUGUUAGCAAUUUUCAAUUCUGGGACAUCAUCCACUACUAUAGUAUAAAAAAGAUUGUAUACUUUUUGUUCUAUUGACCGCAAAAUGAGAUAUUUAGAAGAAUUUAGGAAAACAAACCGUUCUGGGGCACCUUUGACUACCAUUUAAUUUUUCCUACUAGUGAAUGAUGUCACAGAACCGUAAAUUGCUGACAUUCUUCCAAAUAUCUUCCUUUGCGUCGUCAGAAAGUAAUUUAUACAGGUAUGAAAUUACAUGAGGGUCAGUAAAUAAAUGACAGAAUUUUCAUUUUUGUGUGAACUAUCCCUUUAAUAUCUCAUCAUAAUGAGACGUUGUAAUUAUGACUUCACUAUGGCCAUGCAAAA